AAAAUUGCGAAAGUUCUUCAACUGCCAACUGUUAUUUUAGUCUUUAUUAAGAUUUAUUAAAUUAGUUAUAUAUAAUCUUUAAGAUUAAUAAGUUAUACUUUUAGCUAAGGGUUAAGAAAAACCAUUAAAGUCUUUUAAACUAAAAAGAAACUGUCUUAAUUGCACCAAUAAUCUCAAUAAAAAUCACCAUGGAAGUCUGCCGUCUCUGCAACAUAUCCAAACCACAAAGAGAUUUAACAAGUCUCGAUGACAGCACGAGAGAAAUAACAAAGAAGCUCCGUGAAGCAUUUAGCAUUGAGCUCACAACGAGCCAAAAUCCAGCACAUAACUUCUGUUGCCGUACUUGUGUCAAAAAAUUGGACACAUCUCAUGAUUUUUAUCAACAAGUUGUGGAAAAUCAGAAGAAAUUCGAUGGUCUGAACUUUGAUCCAUUGAUCACGAUUGUUAAAUCUGAAGCUGAAGAAGUUAUUGACGAGGAUUAUGGUGAUUAUGAGGAGACAUAUGAUGAUGAUGAUGAUGAUGAUGGAGAUGAAGAUUGGUGUGAAAGUGGCACUUCAAGUAGUUUAAAAAAGAAGACUUCAUCUGAGAGUCAGCAAUCGACUCCAAAGGCAGAAAAAUUACUAAGCAAAAAUCCGAAAAAGAGAAAAUUUGACCAAAUAGAUGGUUCAUCAACAGGAGAUUGCAUCAAGCUGAUUCAAUUUACAGCCAAUGAAAUUGAUGACUGCACAAUAGUUGAAGAUGGACACAUCAAAUUCCUUCAGAAACGUCACUUCAACACUCAAGGAAAAACUCCUUAUCUUAGAUAUCUUUGUGAUAAGCUCAAAGAUGCAUCAGCAACAAAAUCAAUAUUUAAGGUCAGUGAAGGCUUCAAGGCAUCUGGAAAGAAGAAUAAAGUUUGUUAUGUAUUUUGUGAUCACCGAUAUAAAAUGCCAGUCAGUUUUGUGGCAUUUGAACAUCAAUUUGGAAGUCCAUUAACGAUGAGAUGGAAAGUUGAAUGCAAACUUUGUUCUGGACAUGAAAAAAAUGAAAAAAAAGAAAAUUUGGAACCACGUAAAGUCAUUUCUUAUGAUCCAGCAGCGACUGAAAAUGUUGAAUUUAAGAAGGCAAUGAAAAUUCUUGCUGGAAGUCUAAACACAGUUUUACUUGGAAUUGAGCAUAAAUGCUUGUCAGAUCCGAAUCCGAUGAAGGUUUUGUAUAAAAAUAUUGCAGAAUUCGGAAUCAUUGCGAACUCGGCAAUUGUUGAUACUAUUUUUGCUCUACAGCGGACGAGUUAAAUU